CCAAGUCAGCUAGCCUGACCACCUGAUCCUGUUAGUCGCCUCUUACGACAAGCAUUGUCGCCUUUACGGCAAGAAUGGGUUGCUGAAGACCUAUUCUAACCCAGAUCUUCACAGGUCACCAAGAUUUAGAAAGCAGAUUGGCUGAUUAGAAUAUUCCCCUGUGGCAAAAACGUAUUGAGGUGUCCUCAGAUCUUCAUGCAGUGAGGUAUUGUAUGGGAGUAGAAGGUCUGAUUUUUAUGAGAUUGCGUGGCCUGGAGUCAGUCCAGGUCAGGACACAGCUGGUGCUUCGUAUGGAGUGAGACUUGGCCACAAUGUAAGUAGGGCGAUCACUUACUGCUUUGCUGAUGUAUCAGAACAUUUUCGUAACUGACAAAGUGUUUGAACCUGCCAAUUUGCCUGAGCCGCGUGCCCUUCGAUACAGAGAGUUUGUGAUGCUGCAUGGGUUUGAACUUGUUGAGAUAAAUGUAGAUGUUCGAGUAAAUACAACAGUUGAACCCUGUGGUAUCCAACCUGGAUGUGUCAAACCCUGUUGUCUCCAACCUGGAUGUGUCAAAGCCUGUUGUCUCCAACCUGGAUGUGUCUAACCCUGUGGUAUCCAACCUGGAUGUGUCAAACCCUGUUGUAUCCAACCUGGAUGUGUCUAACCCUGUGGUAUCCAACCUGGAUGUGUCAAACCCUGUUGUAUCCAACCUGGAUGUGUCUAACCCUGUGGUAUCCAACCUGGAUGUGUCUAACCCUGUUGUCUCCAACCUGGAUGUGUCUAACCCUGUUGUCUCCAACCUGGAUGUGUCAAACCCUGUUGUCUCCAACCUGGAUGUGUCAAACCCUUGGUCUCCAACCUGGAUGUGUCAAACCCACGGUCUUCAACUUGGAUGUGUCAAACCCAUGGUCUCCAACCGUGAUGUGUCAAACCCACGGUCUCCAACUUGGAUGUGUCAAACCCUGUUGUCUCCAACCUGGAUGUGUCAAACCCUUGGUCUCCAACCUGGAUGUGUCAAACCAUUGGUCUUCAACUUGGAUGUGUCAAACCCAUGGUCUCCAACUUGGAUGUGUCAAACCCUUGGUCUCCAACUUGGAUGUGUCAAACCCUUGGUCUCCAACCUGGAUGUGUCAAACCCACGAUCUCCAACUUGGAUGUGUCAAACCCUGUUGUCUCCAACCUGGAUGUGUCAAACCCUUGGUCUCCAACCUGGAUGUGUCAAACCCUUGGUCUCCAACUUGGAUGUGUCAAACCCAUGGUCUCCAACUUGGAUGUGUCAAACCCUGUUGUCUCCAACCUGGAUGUGUCAAACCCUUGGUCUCCAACCUGGAUGUGUCAAACCCACGGUCUCCAACUUGGAUGUGUCAAACCCUUGGUCUCCAACAUGGAUGUGUCAAACCCUGUUGUCUAGAAAAAGUAUGUGUAGACUCCCUGGUUGUGCCAAACUCACAGUCUGGUCCUGGCAAACUGUAUUUCUGCCCAGAGAGUGGAAGGUCGGUUGUUUCAUCCUCAGCUGCAUCGUACCAAAAGAUGUUAAAAGAUGACACAACAAGUUUCAUGCAUGUCUCUGUAUCAGUGCAAUAAUCUCGAACACGACGUUAAAUCCCAUUUCAACCCCAUCACCUCUUACUAUAUGUAUCACUAAUUUAACCAGGAUGUCUCAAGAGCUGGAAUAAGUUAUAAGUCUCACUAAGUUAAAACUUACCCUGCUUAGCAUAAGUCAAACUUAUUUUGACUAUAAUGGUCGGAACAUGAAAUGGCAUGAACCAUCAGAAACAGAGUACUGUUGAUUAAAAUAAGUGAGUUAAUAUGUAUUCAGUUGAAGUUAAUCUGUAACUGAUUAAUCAUGUUACUGUAUUCGACGUAAUAAGCGCCCCGCUCUAUUAAGCGCCCACUGCGAUAUUUGCUAAUAUAUUGGCUAAUGAACAAUCCCAAUUAGCACCCUUUCCGAUUGAUCAAUGUACAAAUGACUUACUUAUUCGCAUACAAUACGCACUCGUUUGUUAUAUGCACCUAUUAUUAUGGGCAAUUAAAUUCUGGAAUAAUAUAUGUCUAUAUAAACAUUUCAGGCUGUCAGCAUAAACCACGGAAUUUACCUUUCAACUCUGUUUUUUUUCACCAAAAUACUAUCCUAAUAAGAGCCCCCUAUUUCUAAUUUUGAGAGCGCCCUGGGCGCUUAUUACGUCGAAUACGGUAAUAGCAACAUGACAAGAUAAUCAAGGGUGACACAAGUGUUAAAGUAUUAGAAUACUGAAAUGGUAUUUUCCACUUUCCUAUUAACAUGAUUAAUUGGAAAAAAAUGUUUUCAUAGUAUAGAAACUGUACUAAAGACUGUAAGCUGCUGGAUUUUCCAUAUAGCUUUAUUCAUUAUACACUAUUCACAAAGAUGAACCUAGUUGAUAAUGAUACAUAUUUGAUACGUAUUUGUACCUUCUGUAAAUGCUGUAGAGAAGAUUUAUCACAUAUUUAUUAUGAAUGUGAACACGUCAAGGACUUCUGGUCACAGGUUGAAAUAUUUAUCAACUGUAACUUAAAUAUUAAACUUGAAUUCACAAAA